GCUACGACUUAACACAGUAUAGAUAUUGAUAUAUAGAUAUAUAUAUAUAUAUAUAGAGAGAGAGAAGAAAUAUACUGCUAUCAAGAAAGAAAAUCCUGCCUCAAAAUGAAACUCUGUACAGAGUUUAUUCUCAUCUUGCUGGGAUUGUUUUUCAAGGCUUCUUCAGCAGAAAAUUCAACACAGGUUUACUAUGUUGAGGUUCACAUAGAAGCAGGAGUAUACAAGAAUUUCACAGACCUGAUUGAUAACCUGAUUCUGGAUUUGAAUAGCUCAGCAACAGUACAAAACUUCAGCAUAACAACAGAAUGUAACAGUCUGAUCACAGGAAACGUGAACUGUAGGUGCAAUUCAGGCUACAGUUGGAGUGAGGAAGUGUGUCGGAACUACAGUCAGUGCUGCAACCAAAAUGAGUGCAUGUUUUAUAUUCCAAACCCCAGGGCUAUAUGUCUCUCCAAUAAUAAAGUUCUUGUCAAUGGAUCAUUUAUUGAUCAUAAUAUGAUAUUUACCACUUACUAUACUGAUCCUGGAAGUCAACUAUAUAAAAACAUUGUCCGGAAAUACACAAGUCAGUUGGAACCUGUUUACAGUACUUUGGGCUGGUUUGACUCAUUGAUGAUCACAGGAUUCAGAAAGGGUAGUUUAAUCGGAGACUUUCUGAUUCUACUAACUGCUCCCUUUGAAGUGGCUCAGCUUGAGAAAAAAACCGCUCAGUUGGAAAAUGGCAGUUUCAAAAUCAACCUCACAGUAACAGGAAUCACCAGUAUACCACAAAUCCAGCAACCAAUUCUCUAUAAUAAUGAUGUCAGUAUCACAUGUUGUAAACCAGAGAAACUAAGUAAACCCACAUGGUCCUUCCAAAAGGAUGCACAACAAUUAAAGUACAUUACAAAUGGAACUGAGGCUAGUGUGAUUUCUAUCUCACAAAACAGCACAGUGUACAUUACUAAAACUACAGAAGUCUGGAAAGGAACAUUUACAUGUGACUACAAGUCUGACCAGUCUGACUCUAUAAGGUAUAGAGCCAGUCUGUAUUUGGACAUAGCACUUUUGCCCCAAAUCCUUAUCAUCAGUGAUCCCCAAUUUCCAAGCUGUAUAGGGCAAACCAAUCUUGACAUUACAGUUCAGUGUAUAAUCACUAACACUACAGAGAACUAUUCAGUGAACUGGAUAGGACGUGAGCCUGUAAAUAAUAAACCAGACCCUCUACAGAAUGGACUGAUCUCCUAUCAAACCUAUGUUGACAACCCUUGUGCAGAAUCUUUGGAAUGGGUUAAUGUUACAUGUGUGUUUGUAAACAGACUAAAUCAGACAGCAAACACCACUUUGCAUAUUCCUGUCAUUCAGAAAAGCUCAACUGUUUGCAAACCAGAUAAUGGAUGGCCUCAGGCAAAGGCUAAUUUCACUGCUGUCAAGUUCUGUGACCCUACUACUGUUGGUCUACAAAAGAGAAGCUGCACAGGAUAUGGCCUCAGUGGAGACUGGGGAAACGUUAUCUCUGAGUGUGUGGACGAAAAACUCAGGGACAUUUUAAAUGAUGCUAUGGACCUUCAAAGAGGACUUGGGAUUGUUGUAAACAACGCAGGCAAUAUAUUUAGCCGAUUAAAGCAGUCAACUGAACAGAAAAGCAUUAACACUUUUCCAAAUGUUAAUGAAUCUGUGGAAGUUCUGUAUGUCAUGCAAAAUGCAUCUGAAAUACAGAAGUCUCAAUGGAAUGAUACAGUUUUCCCUUUUCAGGAUUUUCUGGCAUCAUCAAGCAAUCUUUUGAAUGGCAGUCUAAAUGACAGCUGGAGGCCUGUGGGAAAUGUUGGGAAUUACGCUUUGGCUCUUAAAUAUUUGAGGACUGUAGAAGGCAUCAUAGAUCAAACAAAUCUAAUAAACAUACAUAAGACUGACAUGUCCCAGCUCCAACAAACCAAUGUACAAAUAAUAUACAACAAAUCUGACCCUUCCACCCCACAAACAUUCAGUAGUGAUUUUGGUGUCAGUGUCACUGAGAUCUCAUCCAACAUGUCUGUGCAAACUGCAUUUAAGAAUCUUGGUAGCAAGUUCCCCAGUACUCUGAACAAUAUAGAAACUGUUCCAAGUGAAACUGUAUUAUCAGUCAUUGGUGACAAAAUGACGAAGAUCUCAGUGGAGUAUAACCAAGAGAGACUCCCAAACCAUGAAAUGUACUGUGUGUAUUGGGAUGAUAUAAACUCUGAGUGGUCUGAAGAGGGCUGUAAAUGGGGUGGUGUGUCCAAACCGAAGCUCUGUACAUGCAACCAUUUGUCUGCAUUUACAAUUCUGAUGGCUAAACAUCCGAUCGAGUUAAAGUACAUGGAAGAGCUGACUUACACAGGUUUAGGUUUCUCGAUCGUUUCCCUCACUCUGUGUUUAGUAAUUGAGUUUUUGGUGUGGAAUGCAGUGGUAAAGACAAACAUUGCACACUUCAGGCACACUGUCUUAGUCAAUAUUGCAGUUUGUUUGUUAAUAGCACACUGUAGUUUUCUCACAGCCCCUGUUCCAUCUGCAAGCCCUCCCUAUUGGUGUUUGCCUCUUACUGUUAUGAAGCAUUUUUGCUUCCUAGCUGCAUUUUUCUGGAUGCUGUGCCUGAGUUUGGGGCUCCUGCACCAAGUAAUAUUUGUUUUUGUUCACUUGAGGAAAAAGGUAUAUCUGGGAUUGUGUGUGUUUCUUGGCUAUAUCUGUCCUUUAGUCAUUGUAAUAGUCACUUUCAUCACUUAUGACAAUGGCAGACCAGGAUCAUACUAUUCUGGUGAAACCUGCUGGCUGAUAUAUGAGGCUGCGUUGAAGGGGUCGAUCCAUGCCUUCCUUUUUCCUGUUUUUAUAAUUGUGUUUGUGAACAUGUUCACCAUGGUUGUGGUCAUCAGCAGAAUCUUAAAACCCAAUUUAUCAGAGGGAAGCAGUCAUGAUGAGAAGGAGGUUGCACGAAGCAUUGUUAAAACAAUUGUCCUCCUCACCCCUACUCUUGGAAUUACCUGGAUUUUGGGGCUGUUUGUGCUAAUGCUUGACCUCACAACAACACCUUAUGCCCAAAUUGUGAAUUACGCCUUUACUUUUUUCAAUUCAUUUCAGGGCUUCUUCAUACUCCUUACGGGAUGUUUUGGAGAGAAAAAGGUUCGUGAUGCACUGCUUAAGCGCUUAGGACAACAGCAUUCAGUGAACUAUAAAAGCGAGAGCUCAUCAAGGAUUACAUCAGCAACUAAAAGGAAAUAACUGGAUUGCUUUGAAAAGGACAAAUUACAAGAUCUCUCCAUACCGAGAGCUGUUUCAUAUAUCCAAGAUAUUUUCUUGCCUGUGUGAGCACAUUAAUGCUGAACCAGUGUGGCCUUCUGUUUGUUUGUUGUUUAUCACUUGUAAAACAAUUAAUUGUUUCAAUAUUGAGAAAUGCAUUUUUAAGAUACUGAUUUUUUCUGUACUACAACAUUGCUUGUUAUUGGUGAACCUGGUGUUUUAUUGUUUUCCACAGCAUUUAAGAAUUUUUAGAGGGCCAUUGAUAUGUAUUUGUAAAGAAAUUUUCUUUCAGAAGUGAACUAAUAAUGUAAGUGAACAUGCAUGUUAUAAAUUUGAAGAAGUGUGGAGUGCGACUUUGAGAAUUAUUUAAUUGUUGAAAUGUACUUGGAAUCUCAGUGUAAACGAUACUUGUAAUGGGGAAAACGAUGUUAUGGCUCUUCAAUUUGCAAAACUUGCCUUUUAUAUGCAGUAUACACUGACCAGGCAUAACAUCAUGACCAUCUCCUUGUUUCUACGCUCGCUGUCAUUUUUAUCAGCUUUACUUUUAGGUGUGCUUUGUAGUUCUACCAUUACAGACUGUAGUCCUCUGCAUACUUCGUUAGCCCCAUUUUACCUUGUUCUUCAGUGGUCAGGACCCCCAUGAACCCUCA